GCUAUAUAAACCAGCUUUUCGCAUUCGAUCAAUGCACAGAAGUAUUACUAUUGCAUUAUUAAAAAGUUACAUAUUUGUUUCUUUGAAAUUAAUAAACAACAAGAUAUAAAAAAUAAAUAAUAGAUAAAUGUUAUGCAACAUAAUGACGACUUCACGUUCUGGGAGAGGAGUAAUGCGAACCGUUGAGGAGGUGCAGCAAGAAUUCGCAAACAACAGUUGCUUUAAUGAUAAAAUGAUUUGGGACUUGUUAUCUGAAUCACAGCAUACAAUGAUGACAGAUAAAAUACAGCAGCUCAUUCCUGACCAAAAAAGAGGAAAUGCCAGAUUAGCAGAGAUGCGCAAAAAUAUAUUUGACAGCGUUUGGGCUCAAAGAAAAUACACUAACGGGAAUUCCGUGAGCGCAAUUAUUUAUGUGUUAGUUGCUAAUUGUGAGGAUGAAAACUUGGCUUUAAACGCUAGAGUGUUUUCUUGUCAUCCUGUCUUUAGGACUCGAAAAUGUAUAAGUGAUGAUGAUAGUUCAAAUUGUUGUAUGAUAUUUAUUGAUGAACUAGGACGAGUGUAUCAAAAUUGGAAAACCUAUUUAUUAAAGAAUGAAUUGCCGAGCGGAUUUUUGGUUGCGCCACGAAAUGGUAUUUACACAAACGAUUAUAUGGAACGUGCACAGUUGGAGGUACAUAUCACUCCAAAUGGUAGUAUUACUAGACGAGCACUAGGCUACGCAGACACUGCCACGGCUAUAGCUGGAUUUAGUGCUGCAGCAAUUCCGUUAGCUGGUAUGGCGCUUACGAUCACCCCGGCGAUUAUAUUUGGAUCCGGUGUUGUUUGUGCCACCACUGCUGCAUAUUCAGCCAUUCGAUCAGCAUGUAAUUUAGUAGAUCGGAAAAAACAUGAACAAUCGAUUGGACUGAAUAAUUCACAAGCUCGAAAUGCUUGGCUAAGUGUUGGUGCUAGUGUUGUUGGUAUAGGUGCAACUACUGCUUCUAAAAGCAUAAUAACCGCUGCUGCUGCCGGCGAAGAGAUAUCAAUGGUCACCGAGUUAGUGGCGAAUGGUAUGAACAUUUCUUCAAUUGUAUUAUCUGGAACUGGGGUAGCAAAUGGAAUCUUGGAUGUAAUACUUAAAUAUCAUGAUGAUGAGGAGAUUUCCCAAAUGGAUCUAGUACAACUAGCAGCAUCUUUGAUCAUUUUCACUCAUUCCGUUACAAAUUUCCAAAUGGUUUCUACUCAAGUUAAUGACCGCCGACAAAUUACAAUUCAGGAGUACCGAAAGGCUUUAAGUAGACGUCAAAGGAAAAUGUUUGAUAAAAUGUCAAAAGAAACAAUUCGUAUUCGUGGUGCAAAUCAUGGAAAAUUAGAUCUUAUACGCAUCGCUAGUGAUAUGCCUUCCAAGCAAUACCUACGUGAUCAAUAUAAAAUAACCCGAAACAGUUCCAAAUUACUGGUAGGAAGUCUCGCCACAAUUGGAUUGGGAAUCAUUAUUUUACCCAACAAUGUCGCAAUUUCUUUGUCCAACUAUGGAAAGAGGAUUUAUGAGUUUGUCUUCAAUAAGGACCAAUUUGAAGAUAUAAUAACAAUGAUGGCAGACACUUUUGGAGAGCAAGCAUUUGAUUUCUUAAUGAAAUUAGCACAAGAAUUUGUUGAAGAAAAAUUGGAUCCGUUAAGGGGCAUUUUAAAAAUGUUUAUAACGGCCGAAUCCAUACUAUAUCGUAUUUUUGUGUACUGCCUAGAAAAAUGCAUCGAACAUACAUAUGAAUUUCUACUUAGUAAAAAAUAUGUAAUUAUAAAUGCUAUUUGCGGAUUCUUCAUUUCUCUUAAUCCUGCUAGAUAUAUUAAUUUACAACGUUGUAAUGUUUGUGAAGGAUCUUAUUCGAUUUGUCAACUUUAACGUAAUAUUUAUUUAUCAAACACGACUUAUUUGGCGCAGCCGAAGUUAUAAUAAUGUACUGCCGUGAUAUUUUUGAACGUGAAAUAGCUUUGUGCAUUAAAUAUUUAUUACAACAAAUUAUAUUUCAUUCCGAAAAAAGAAGCGGUUAAUAGUUUCAACUAAUGUAACUUCCACAAAGGGCACAAAGCUCGAGUCCACAUUGUAUACUAUUAAUAAAUAAGUUCUAAAAAAAACUACAGUCAAAAUA